UAUUACAACUCCGAAUAAACUCAAAUUAAGUAGAAAACCUCUCCGUCCUUCUCUCGCAUCAGCCUGUCUGAAACGCAGGAGAAUGAUGCGAAAGUCGUCGUCGCCUUCUUGAGCUGCAGAAUGACCUAACUUAACCAUUAUGCUUAUAAUAUUUCUCUCUCUCUCUCUCCGUCUGUGUGAGAGGGGUUCUCGUAGCCUAAAAUUCUCUCAAUUCCCAAAAUAAGCAUUCUACACGCACACGCACACGGCCUUGCCGUUGCCCCGUCUCACCGCCUAAUUCACGAACACCCUAGAACCCAAUUUUCUUCUCUAUUACAAUGCACCCAACUGAGUCUACGUAACUUUCCCUUUUUUUCUGGCGUCGCGAUUGCUCGAAUCUUUGGAGGUUGGUUCUGUGAAUAUGGAGAGAUCCGACGGCAAAGCCUUCAAGGACUUCGCUGAAGAUUCCUCAGGCAAUGCACUCUUUGAUGCAUCGCAAUAUGAGUUUUUUGGUCAUAAUGCUGUGGAAGAAGUGGAUUUGGGAGGUUUAGAAGACAAUCGAGAUAAUGGUCCUGCUUUCGGACCUGCUGACGAUGAGUAUCAUUUGUUUGAUAGAGAAGAAGUUGUAGGUUUCGGAUCUUUGUCUGACGUGGAUGAUCUAGCUGCUACUUUUGCAAAGUUGAACAGAGCUGUAACAGGGCCAAGACACCCGGGAGUUAUUGGUGAUAGAGGAUCUGGAUCUUUUUCAAGAGAAAGUUCGUCUGCUGCUGAGUGGACACAAGAUGGAGACUUUGGUAACUGGUUAGAUCAGCAUAUGUUUGGCACAGAUGGUGUUGAAGAAGAGAAGAGGUGGUCAUCACAACCUCAACCCUCUGCUCGUGUUGCAGAAUACAAACCUUUGUACAGAACAUCCUCAUACCCGGAGCAGCAACCAGUGCUGCAUCGCUACUCUAGUGAACCAAUUCUAGUACCUAAAUCAACAUUCACGUCUUUCCCUCCACCUGGAAGCAGAUCCGAACAAGGUUCACCACACCACCCUAAUAUGUCUUUCCUUGGUGGUGGUCCACAGAUACCCUUCUCUACACCAAACCUCUCUCCUUGUUCUAACUCUACUCAUCACUUGGCUGGUUUAUCUCAUGGUUUGAAUUAUGGCGGAAAUAUGCUUCAGUUCACCAGUGGUGGCCUUUCUUUUAAUAGCAGGCCGCAAAAUCACUGGGCCAACCAUGCUGGUAUACUGCAUGGGGAUCACGCAGGCCUUUUAAACACUAUUGUGCAACAACAGUUACCUCAUCAAAAUGGUCUCAGGUCCCCACAAAUAAUGGCACCACAACAGAUGCUGCAACAGCAGAGACUGCAACAUCAAUUACCCUCUUUGGCCCAUUUUGCCGCACUACAGUCCCAACCGUAUAAUGUCCAUCCAUCGUCCUCACAUAAGUCAAAGUUUGGAUUGGCUGAUAUGAGAGACCAAAGACCAAAAUCAUCACAAAGGAGCAAACAUAAUCUGCGUUUUUCUCAGCAAGGAUCCGAUACUAGUAGCCAGAAAAGUGAGACUGGGUGGGUCCAUAUUAGAUCCAAGUAUAUGACAUCUGAGGAAAUAGAGAAUAUACUUAAAAUGCAGCAUGCUGCUACACAUGGCAAUGACCCAUACAUUGAUGACUAUUACCACCAAGCAAGUCUUGCCAAAAGAGCUACUGGAUCGAGGUUGAAACAGCCUUUCUGCCCAUCUCACUUGAGGGAGCUCCCUUCUCGUGGCCGUAAUAGUACAGAACAACAUCCUCAUCUCUCUAUUGAUGCUAUUGGUAGGAUACCUCUCUCUUCCAUACGCAGACCUCGCCCCCUCCUUGAAGUUGACCCUCCUCCCACUGCUUCUGGUGAUAGCUCCGAGCAGAAGGUCUCUGAGAAGCCUCUGGAACAGGAACCGAUGCUUGCUGCUAGAAUCACCAUUGAGGAUGGACUUUGUCUUCUUCUUGAUGUCGAUGAUAUUGAUCGGUUUCUUCAAUCUAGUCCAUCCCAGGAUGGUGGGGCUCAGCUCAGGCGAAGGCGACAGAUCCUUCUAGAAGGUCUGGCAACAUCACUUCAACUUGUAGACCCACUUGGCAAAACCAGCCACACUGUUGGGCUGACUUCCAAGGAUGACCUUGUGUUCUUACGAUUGGUCUCUCUUCCCAAGGGUCGAAAACUCUUAUCUAGGUUCCUUCAGCUUCUCUUCUCUGGUAGUGAGCUUGCCCGUAUUGUUUGUAUGGCUAUUUUUCGUCAUUUAAGGUUUUUGUUCGGCGGCCUUCAGUCUGAUCCUGGAGCAGCUGAGACAACCACUCAUCUUGCGAAGACAGUUUCCUCAUGUGUCAAGGUCAUGGAUUUACGGUCACUAAGUGCUUGUCUAGUUGCAGUUGUUUGUUCUUCAGAGCAGCCACCACUGCGCCCGGUUGGAAGCCCUGCUGGUGAUGGGGCCUCUAUUAUUUUGAAAUCUGUCCUUGAAAGGGCUACUGAGCUCUUAACUGAUCCUCACGCUGCUGGCAACUGCAGCAUUCCUAAUCGUGCGCUGUGGCAAGCUUCAUUUGAUGAAUUUUUCACACUUCUUACCAAGUAUUGCCUGAGUAAAUAUGAAACUAUAGUGCAAUCCAUAUGUUCACAGAUCCAGCCAAGUACAGACGUCAUUGGAUCAGAUGCAGCCCUAGCUAUUAGUAGGGAAAUGCCUGUUCAGCUUCUACGCGCCAGUCUUCCUCACACUAAUGAGCACCAACGGAAACUUCUAUUAGAUUUUGGUAACCGUUCCAUGCCCAUUGCUGGGUUCAAUUCCAGUGGGGAGAGUAGCAGCCGGAUAACCUCAGAAUCAGUGAAGUGACUGAGGAUACCAACGGAUAAAUUUUAAAGGUUUUGGAAGAAUCUAUGCCUUGGUUGAUUUUUUCUCUCCAGAUCUUCUUUGGAUGCUUUCGUGAAAGUACGGAUCUCCUUUAGUAUGCUUUGAUGUAGUAAAUGUGAAGUGGAGAUCUCUCUUGAAUGAUUUCACGAAGCGAAUCUGCUUUGGAGGGAAAUUUGGCUGCAUGGGAAGUGUAUGCAAGGCAUGUGCGAUUGUUGCAGGAGCACUUCAAGGCUCGUGUAAUAUGUGUUAUUUAGCUUACUUGAGACAAAAUUUCCCUAUGAUGCUCAUUUUGACAGACUAUGGUCUUGCAUAAUUGUGUAUUAUGAUGGAACUUCAUGGUGCAUGAUUGUAAGCGAAAUUCUUCUUUUGGGGACCUACACUGGUGCUGUGUUAAAACUCCAGACAUAAGCAUGGUGGGUAUAGAAUGUACAGGUUGAUCUUACUGAACCUUCCAAAACUUCGUUUCAUUCUAUCUAAUUCACUUGACUGAAUGGUCA